GAGUGAGAUUUGUGUGAGUGCACUGAGUGGGUGAGAAACAGAGCACAGCUUCAAAGCUUGUGAAGGAAGCUUCUCUCACGCUCUUCAAUGGCUGUCCUGGGUUUUUCGAAAAUGUCUGUGUCGUUUGGUUUGGUCGUGGGUCUCGCGUUGGUGGGUCUGGUCAUGAGCGCGAGGUUUGAGGAGCUGUACCAGCCGAGCUGGGCUAUGGAUCAUUUUGCCUAUGAAGGAGAUGUUCUUAGGCUCAAGCUUGAUAACUACUCUGGCGCUGGGUUUUCGUCGAAGAGCAAGUAUAUGUUUGGCAAAGUCACCAUCCAGAUCAAGCUUGUCGAGGGUGACUCUGCUGGGACUGUCACUGCUUUCUAUAUGUCGUCGGAUGGACCGAACCACAAUGAGUUCGACUUCGAGUUCCUGGGCAACACCACGGGGGAGCCAUACCUGGUGCAGACCAACUUGUACGUGAACGGGGUGGGCAACCGGGAGCAGCGGCUCGGCCUGUGGUUCGACCCAACCAAGGACUUCCACUCCUACUCCGUCUUAUGGAACCAUCGCCAAGUCGUGUUUCUUGUGAACGAGACUCCAAUCCGCGUGCACACCAAUUUGGAGCACCGGGGCAUCCCCUACCCCAAGGACCAGCCCAUGGGCGUGUACAGCUCGAUAUGGAAUGCCGACGACUGGGCCACGCAGGGCGGCCGCGUCAAGACCGACUGGAGCCACGCGCCCUUCGUCGCUUCCUACCGUAACUUUGACAUCGACGCAUGCGAGUGCCCGGGGACCGCAGCGGCAGCUGACAACGCCAGGCGGUGCAGUGGCGGGGAGAGGCGGUACUGGUGGGACGAGCCCAUGGUCUCCGAGCUGAGCCUGCACCAGAGCCACCAGCUGAUGUGGGUGCGGGCCAAGCACAUGAUCUACGACUACUGCACGGACACGACCCGGUUCCCGGUCACCCCGGCCGAGUGCGUGCACCACCGUCAUUGAGCUAAGUUCCCCACAUGGAACGGGAUACGCAGCUGACUGCGGGUCGUCAUGGAGGUUGGAUGCUAGGGCGGGGGAAGGUUGGGUUUUGUAAAAAAGAAAAAACAGUCAUAAGAAAAACCACGACCAAAACAUGUUCUCCAUGUUCUUUGAUAUGUGUCUUUUGAAAAUAUUUUGUUGGUUGGAUCUUUGCUGCAGCAUGUAAUAUAAUUUCGAAUUCCAUCAAA